AUGCCACCAAAAAAACUCUCUCAAGUUGCAACACAAUCUCAGGUAUCAACAAAUAUGAGCAGUACAGAUGAUUCAGAUGAUAAUGAUAAUACAUUUGAAAAUGAUGCCAAUUUUAAACAAAUUAUUUCUGCAUCUAUUCAAUAUAUAUUAGUACAUAGUUCUAAACCUCAAAUUAUUAAACGACUUGAUUGGAAUAAUUCAGUUCUUCGACCAAUGGGUUUUGAUGGACGAAAACAUUUUUCUAGUGUACAUAAACAUGUAGUUAGAGCUUUAAAUAAUACAUUUGGUUAUAAACUUGUUGCUGAUGAAAAACACGAUGGUUAUAUAUUAGUUAAUGGUUUAAAAAAAGGUCCACUUGAACAUCGACCAUUAACAAAUUCGAAUCAAUAUUCGAAAUAUGCUUUAUUAAUGAUAAUUAUAGCUUGUUUAAAACGUGCUGGUGGAGAAAUGACAUCAACUGAUUUUUGGGCUAUAUUAGGUGAAACAUUUUCUAUUCGUAAUGAAGAAUCAUCACGUUUAACAAUAAAUCAACAUAAAAUAUUUGGUGAUGUACAAAAAUUAAUUAAAGUUGAUUUUGUUAAAGAAGGUUAUUUAAUAUUGGAACAAGCAAAAGAUCUUACUGGUGAUACACCAACGCAAACAGUUAAACUUGGUUUUCGCGCUCAACAUGAAUUUCCUGAUGAUAGUCUUGAGGAAUUUAUUGAAAAAGUUGAACAAUAUGGAAUUGAGAGUGAUGAAGGAGAGGAUAAUGCUAUGGAUGAUGAUAAUUAA